UGCCACUUACAUGUUGCAACAAAGAUAAGCAAAGCACUAAAUGCUUAUAUAGCAACUUAGAGAUAAAAUAUCCUUGAAAAUUUAGUAGAAGGGGUUGUUUGUUUGUGAGUGUUGAGACUUGAGAGUGAAACUUUCAUAUCAUUAGAAGAAAAGAAGAGACAAUGGGAGCAAAGAGGUCAUCUACUUGCUCCUUUGGGAGUUUAUUCAAAGCAUGUUUCUCAAGUAGGGGUGGUUAUGAUGAGUAUUGGGAGGGAAGUGGAAGUGGGAGAAGGAUUUUUGCAAGUGAUGAAGAUAGAGGACGUUGGGUUGCAGAGCCUGGCAUUGACAGAAAAGCUUCUGAUUUCAUUGCUAGAUACUAUGCCACACGAGUCACUGAUUCUCAGUGCCAAUAUGCUUCUUGAAAUUCCCUUAUUUCUUCACUGCUUCUAUUCUUGCUAGUAGCUAUUAUGUAUUGUUUUCUUCUUUUUACUCAAACCGGUUGUGCUUGUUGGUUCCUACUUCCUACUAGUUGUACUCAUUUGGUAGUAGUGAUGUAUUUGGGGUGUGGAUCCAAUACUUGUUAAUUAGUUCAAAUAAUGUGGUCAUUAAUAAUAUUAGAAUUGAUUCAUUGUUA